AUGGUGUCCUCUAUCUGCGGCCGAUCUCUCCUUCCGCGAGAAGCCCCGCAGCUGCUGCCCCUCCUCCAGCAUCUCUCCUCAUGCCAGACAGCAACCGCUGGCCUGUUCAGGCCCCAACUCUUCCAGCACCAGCUCGUACGGAAUGCCAGCAAGAAAGCCUCCUCCGCCGCCCCCAAGGCCGCCAAAAAGAAGACUCCCGAUGCCGUGAAAAAGAAGCCCAUAUCAGCAGCUGCACCGCUCAAGACAGCGCCUCCCCUAGCAGCAGCACCAAAAUACUUCUCACCCGCCGAGCAGCUGGGAAACUCGGGCAAAAAGAAAAUCCUGCUCUACGCAUGCAACAACCGCCUCUUUGUCGUCGGCUGCUACGGUCUCGCUGCGGGAAUGAUCGCUUGGAGCGUCUACACGUUCAAGACCAACAUCGCAAACAGGCGCCCAGGCAUGCCGGAAUGGGUCGUAAAGACAACCUAUGUCAGCAUCUCAAUCAUGAUGGUGCUCGCCUUGGGCGUCGCAUACUACCCAACCCGCCUCAUUCAGGUCAUCCAUGCCCACCCCAUCCCCGCGACUGCGCGCUCCCCCGCCAGUGUCUCGAUCACGCUGCAUCGCCGCCCAAUCUUGCCAACACUCCCGAUGAAGAAGAUUGAGAUUGCGUCGCCGGAUCUUAUCUCGCUGGGAGAGCCGCUGCAGCCGAUUGGCGUGUUGAAGGCGGCGCCGGCGGUGGAGACCCAGGUUCAGGAUACGAGGAAUGUGGUGACGAAGAUUAGGCAUGGAGUUACGGGCGCGCCGUUCAAGGUGUUUGAUUUCUUUAGGAGCGCGUUGAGCACGAGUGGGUUUGUGCUGCUGAGGGCUGAGGGAGAGGGGAAGUUUAGGUUGAGUAAGGAUGGGUGGGUGUGGGAGAAGAGGGGCCUGGAUAUGCUCUUUAAGCAGGCUAUGUAG